AAUACUUGACGUUGCGCAAAACGCGACGUGCCCCUGUACAGUGGUCAGGGAAACCCCUAGUGCGGACCUGCCAACGCCCGGCACAGAGAAACAAACAGAAAGGAUACGAUCUUGAAUGAGAGUAGUCGACCCUGAAAGAGCACAGCUAUGCAGACGAUUAAGUGUGUUGUGGUCGGUGAUGGUGCCGUGGGUAAAACCUGCCUGCUCAUCUCCUACACUACCAACAAGUUCCCCUCGGAGUAUGUCCCAACGGUGUUUGAUAACUAUGCAGUAACGGUUAUGAUCGGCGGGGAGCCCUACACUCUUGGGCUUUUUGACACUGCAGGUCAGGAGGAUUACGAUAGGUUACGACCUUUGAGUUAUCCUCAGACAGAUGUGUUCUUAGUCUGCUUUUCCGUUGUCUCGCCCUCCUCAUUUGAAAACGUCAAAGAAAAGUGGGUCCCAGAGAUCACUCACCACUGUCCAAAGACCCCUUUCCUGCUGGUGGGCACGCAAAUUGAUCUGCGGGACGACCCCUCCACCAUCGAGAAGCUGGCCAAGAACAAGCAGAAGCCCAUCACCCCGGAGACGGCUGAGAAGCUGGCCCGAGACCUCAAAGCAGUCAAAUACGUGGAGUGCUCCGCCCUCACACAGAAAGGACUAAAGAAUGUUUUUGACGAGGCGAUUUUGGCAGCCCUGGAGCCCCCUGAGCCCAAGAAGAAGCGCAAAUGUGUUUUGCUAUGAGAACCCACUCACACACACUUGCAUCCACACACACAUACACAUAUGUACACGUGUACACACACACACACACUUACAGUCAGACCCAUACGUACAUGUAUAUUCACACACAUCCUAACACUUUGUUUCCCCUCACCUCCCCCCCAACUCCCUCCUUCCCUUUCUCUGCUAAGGCUGCCCAUCAGCUUUGCUACCCUAAAGCAAUUUAUUCCUAGUUACAAGUGUUUAUGGUUGUGUUUUGCUUUGCAAUGAAGUUUCAAACGAUGGCCCUGUGUAUGCCAUAGUGGACAAAAUAGACACUUUCUGUUUUUGUUUUUUUAAAUACCUUUUUUUUAUUUUUAGUCCCAAAAACAUUUAAUAAUGACUGAGAUUUGAUCUUAGCGCUGCACUUCAUGGUGAACCUUUUUGAGUCCUUGGCUUGAGUCUUACGGUCAGGGGACUGGGCCAGUGUCGGUGGAGAGCUCCGCAGAUUCUUCCAGAGCCAUAGCAGAGGGUUCUGAAGCCAGUCAUGAAAUGCACCCGGUAGGUCUGACUUACAGCUUGAACCCUAGUCUCUAUGGCCCCCCACCCCUAUCUACACAUACCCUGGGUUUCAGCUAGAGCCUCACCUGAAGUGCUUGCAAAGCUUUGUUCCUGUAUUAUUAUUAUUAUUAUUAUUUCUUUUAAUUUGCCAACACCUCUGUUUGAAGGAGGAAAGAUGUCUUGAGUAGUCAACUGAGUGACUAAACAAAUGAAACGCUUUAUUUGGGAAUUGGUGUUAAGUGUCAGAGAAAAAGUUGUCUUCUCAAGCAGGAAGAACUUUCUAACAGUGUUAGUACAGGAGGUGUGAUCUAUUGCAUUGCCAGGGACCAUGGAGGCGUUAAUCCAGUGAGCCAUGGGUGAUGUUCCUGUGCUGUAGAUUAACAUUAACAAAUAAUAAUGUAAGCUGACAAGUCAUAGGUUCCACUUUUUUAUUAUUUUGUUUUCUUUCUUUCUUUUUGUCUUCAAAUUUUUUUUUUUUUUCAUGUUUUGUUUUUCCGUCUUUGUGCUGUUUAUAAUCUUAUGAAUUUAUUUUCUUUUCAAUUUGUUAGGAGCCGGACUCCUACCAAACUCUGAUCCACCUGUCAGUCAUUUCAAAUAAUUACAAGAAUGAAGAAUACUAAAAGUGAAGUCCUCCCUCCAGAGCCAAAUGUUGCUCCACAGGUGGAUCAGAGUCUGGGGGACUCUAGCAGUCGGUCAUGCAAACUUUUUUUGGGUUGUUUUGUUUUUGUUCUGUUUCGUUUCGUUUUGUUUUGUUUUGUUUUGUUUUGGUGGAAAACCAAAUUCUAUGUAUGAAGUCUGUCUUGUAUAUGCAUUCUUUUCAAAGAUAUUAAACUUAUACCUUAAUUGCCUUUA